UAUAAUAUUCGCAGAAUAAAAUAAAUUCUUAUUUGGGUUCAAUUUUUAUAGGCACGUUCGCGAAGAUUUUAUUUUACAUAAAGAUCCGCAGUCUAGUAAUCAAACAUCUAUCGUGGUAUUUAUUAUUGUAGCUUCGUGAAAAUUCAUGAAUUUCAUCGAAAUUCGUUUCUUUUCAUGCUUAACUCUCGGAAUAAAUAUUUUUGGUUCGUGUCAGCGUGUCGAGCGUUGAUUUUGGGAUGCUCGACAAAAAUAAGCUCCCCUGAACUCCCUUUUUUGAAACAUUUUUUCUGUGGAUAAGCGAAAAAGGACUGCGGAAUAUUCAGGCCACGCAAUUCCAGUGACCGAGGAACAGGGUGGCGGACGUAGAAAUACCUAACCAGAAAUUCCACUUGUGCAGUAAUCGAGGGAAUUCGCGAAACGCUGAUUUUUUUUCGAAUUUAAUUAUUUUGGAUUUUUCAGCGGGAAUCCCGAGAGCGUCGAGGCAGCCACCGAUCUGGGCCUACUCUAUCUUAAAAUCGGCGACGUUCAGCGAGCGUUUCAAAAGUUUGGAACAGCCCUUGCCUACGCCCCGGACUGCACCAGGGCGAUUUUGCCCAUAGCCUACGUGAUCCAGAAUCACCAGGAGUACGACGUGGCAUUGUCGAAGUACAAGUUGGCGGCUCAAUCGAUCCCGGAAUCGCACGCCUUGUGGAACAACGUCGGUAUGUGUUUCUACGGGAAGCAGAAGUUCGUCGCUGCAAUUAGCUGUUUGAAGAGGGCUCACUAUCUGAACCCGAUGGCCUUCCUGCCCGCCUAUAAUUUGGGGAUGGUUUUUCUCGCCACUGGCCAACCCGCAUCGGCUGCGAUCUAUUUGUGCGCCGCGGUCAGCGCUGAUCCCAAGAAUCACAUGCCCUACCUUCUGCUUGGACUCGCUCUGAAGCGUUUGGACGACCUGGAGGGCGCCGAGAAGGUGUUGCAGAAGGCCCACGAGCUGGCGCCCCAGGAUCCACUGAUACUGAUUAAUUACGCGAUCAUUCUCGAGGCUCUGGGAAACGUAGGAAGCGCCUCGGAAUAUUUAACAGCGUUGAACGAUAUCACUGCUGUAAUCGACGUGGAAGCCGAGAUAACGCAGACGGCGAAGAAACUGUCGACGAAACUUCAGCAGAUGCCCAGUAACGAAGGGACGAGAGUUCUCAGCGCCGAUGAAGUUUGAAACGAGCGGAAUCGAGGAUCUCGGAUCCCCAUAAGAAUGAAUAAAAUUGUCAACGUUUCUUGAGUUAACUUUCCUUCCUUUCAAGGAUUCCCGUCCUCGAACCUUCGCUAGGUCGGCAAUUUAUAAUCGACGCGAAUCAGAAUGCGCCGUCGUUGUUCGUCUUUAGAAAAAGUCCUUGCAUUGUCGCGCUUCGCCGACGUUCUGUCGCUCAUCCGUGCUCGUUUAGAACUCCACGCGUCAAGGAGACUCAGUUUUCUCAUUUCAAGUUUUCCGGAAUCGCCGUCGUACAUUAAUUCGCCUAUUCCCGACGGUGGGCGUUCCGAAAGUGUCAAGGAUUU